CUUUAGCUUCCGGACUAAUAGCCAAUCAAGUGCUGCUUGUGCGAGUGAUCCCCUUGGUUUUCGCGCCGCAAUUUAGUAGGAUACUAGUAUUGCACUCCGAGAGGAAUGGCAGACAUGUCGCAAAUGCGAGUGACCGAUUUUUUCUCUCAAAGCAAGCGGGGCACCGCUGCGCAGAACUCCAAGGGGCGGAAGGUAGAAGCCGUGUUGGAGACUCGCCGCGCUGUGACUCGCAGUAGGGCGGCCUCGGUUAAAGCCGAAGAGUUCCUGAAAGCCCCCUGUACCCCGGAACGCGCUUCUCCUACAGUGAGCCAGUGUAUUGGGCCCAGCAGUAAGAAACGAACGCGCCAAGAUUCGGACUCGGAACCGCUGCGGACUCAACAAAGACAGGGCAAGUCUGCGAGGAAAAAGCUAAAGCUUCCAGAGGGCGAACAUGGAGGCUCAGUCCAACAGCAGCUUUUUAGUCCAUGCAACAAAGUGGCUUUGGAACAUGUUACACCUAGUUCGCUGGGGAAGAAGAUUAAGGACAUGGUCAACGUAUCCUUAUCUCCAAAGUUCAACGAACUUGCAAGAAACCCAACUACACCAGAGACUAAGUCACCAGCAAAGGAAAAUCUCCUGGAACUUAAGUCCCGUUUGCAGAGGAUUCAGGAGCUGGCACAAAAAGUUAACCUUCCUGCUGCAUCUUCAGAGGGCAAAGUCACCAUCACUGAUUUGAAAGCAAGGCUCAAGCAUGCUCAAGAAUUAGAUACAAAGAUCAGAGCAAAGGCAGAGAAAACAGAAACACAGGCCAUUGAUCUUACAGAGCAACCUGCCCAGGAAAGUGAAAAGGCCCCAGCCUAUCAACGUUUUCAUAAUCUCGCUCAAGAUGCAGCUCCAGGGCUGACUUUGCCAUAUAAAUAUAAAGUGCUUGCAGAGAUGUUCCGGAGUAUGGACACCAUUGUUGGAAUGCUCUUUAACCGGUCAGAGACUAUCACAUUCUCCAAAGUGAAACAAGGAGUUCAAGACAUGAUGAGGAAGCAAUUUGAACAACGUAACGUUGGUCAGAUAAAGACUGUGUAUCCAAAUGCUUAUAAAUAUAGACAGGAAAAGAACAUACCGACCUUUAAGGAUGGAGUAAAGAAAACAGACUAUCAGCUUACUAUAGAGCCUUUGGUCGCGGAAGGUGAUAUGUUAAGUGGACGUCCACAUCUUUCAGCAUCACGUUUGUUGGAGCGCAAGCAGCUGUUUCACAGAAGUCUUACCAGUAUAGUCAAACAACAUCACAGGGUUUUCCUGACAUCCCUAAAUCCUCCCAUGCUUGUGCCAGAUGACAAAUUAACCCGAUGGCAUCCACGGUUUAAUGUUGAUGAGGUGCUUGAUGUUACGCCUGCUGAACUUCCGUUGCCACCACAGGUGGAGAGGCUUACAACUGCUCAAGAGGUGUUGUCCAAAGCUAGAGGCUUGAUUACACCAAAGAUGGAGAAGGCACUUGCAAACCUGGCUCUGAAAACAGCAGAGAAUGCUGGGGAAACAAAAAAUGUAUCUACCGAGGAGACAAAAUCCACAGCAACGACUUCCACAUCAACUGCACUAAAAGGGGUUUCACAGUCUCUGCUAGAACGGAUACGUGCUAAAGAGGCUCAAAAGCUUCAAGCCAUUAUGACCCGCAGACCUCGGCAAGAAGAGCGUCUUCUCAUGAUGUCCAGGCUACCAGAACUGGCUAGAAUCCUGCGCAAUGUAUUUGUGGCGGAAAAGAAGCCAGCCUUGACUUUGGAGGUCACUUGCAGCCGGGUUAUAGCUAGCUGCCGUUCUUCCAUGUCUCCAGGUGAGAUGGAAAAACACCUUGCUUUGCUAUCAGAGAUCCUACCGGACUGGCUCAGCAUUCAUCUAGUCAGAAAGGAUACUUACUAUAAACUGAACAAAUCUAUGGACCUUAAUCUUAUCCUUGAACGACUAGCUAAGAAAACAAAGGAAGAAGAGUCUCUCUAGUGUUUUUUUUUUUUAUGCUGUAUUUAGUGUUUUUAAAAAUUUUAAAUGUGCAAUGUACAGUUGGCAGAUCAGUGCAAACUGAUAGUGUCAAACUGGUUAAGCUACUUACUGUUUGGAUUAGUUGGCCCUGUAAGCAGGUGCUUUACUUUACAGGCAAUAAUGGUAUAUUUUGAUUGUGCGUAAAUCUUACAUACUUUAAACACAAUGAUGGAACGAUCAACACACUGUAGUAGUGUAGGGUGCUGAUUGGAAGAUUCCUCUCCUGCUUAAAGGUCAAUAUGGAUAGUCGCCUAUUACCCCAUACAAAUUAUUGUGAGUGCUGCUGGAUUUUUUCAACUAUUAAACAGUGUUUCAUCAUGCUGGUAGUUGGUGACCGUGUAACAUGACACUUGCAGUUAUGUCACCAAUACAAGUGCCUUACCAUUAAUGGCAGAUGCAACCUGAGUUCACCUACCCCCCCAGGAAAUUAGGUUUUAACCUAGAUUUUUCUUUCUAGGAAGCUAGUGUAGAAAGCUGUGCAACCACUUUUAGCCUGCUUGAGUUAAGGCUCACAAAUAAAUCAUUUGGUUAUAAAGGUUUCCUACAAAGCUGCAUUUUGUUCCCCAAAGCAGCAAGCAUUCAUUGAUCCCAUUAAGGGUGUUUAAAUUAGAAUAAAAAAAUAGCCUUGCGUGUUACAUGUGCAUACAUAAUACAUACGGUUAUUUUUGUACCUACUGUGCUUUUGUAGUGCUUCUCUUUUUUUACAUCUCUUAUGUGGAAUCUGGGAUUACUUACUUUCCUGGAAGCCUUAAUUGGAACUGCUGUUUUAUGGAAACAAGAUACAAAUAGACUGUAACUAAUGUCACAAGACAUAGUUUUAUUGCCCUGCAAUAUAGCCUCGCUUUCAAAUGACAUGUAAUUU